UUUUGCCCAGCAACAACCAGUACUCCUAGACAAUGUGGUUGAGGCCUCCAAACAUGCCGAAUCCAUAUGCAGAACAGCUACUUCUACACAAAUUACUUACAAUGAACAUGAAGGCAGCCAGACCAGCAUGGUAAAUUAUUCCAAAGCCUUAAUUAGUCAGACUCUGAUGACAAUCCAGAGGAGAGUGUUUAUGUCAGAGAGGAUGAGCACCUCAGAGAAAGCCCUCUUGACUCGUUCCAUCGUGGGCUCCAUGUUGGAGGAUGUUGACAUGGUGAGAAGUGAUGGACACGAGAUACACCGGCCAUCCUCCUCAAAGUCCUCCCUGUCCAUCACCUCUGCCAUGACCAGAGGGUCCCAGAGUGAUUUGACAAAUUCUCUUCCAGGCACUCCAGUCCCCAAUGAGUGGCCUGUUGAAAUCUAUUGUCCUAUCAUUAGGAGUUCGGUCAUUGAUAUGAGUGACUCCUCAACUCAUUCACAAGGGUCAACAAAUUACACAAGGCAAACCAUCUCUGCCAUAGUUGACACUGUUAUGGAGGUCAUUCCAAGAGAAGAUACGAAACACACAGCCACUGCAGAUGAUGUCACUUCUUUUACAAGAAGACUUGCGAGACUCAGCCCCAGGGACGGUCUUCAGAACUUCUCACAUGAGCUCACUGACAAAGUUUAUGAGCUCAUAAAAAGUCACAACACCCCCAGGCUCUUUUUGUGCCAGCUGGCAAGAGCGUGUCUGACUCUAUUCUUUUGAAGCUGAAGACAGGAUUGAAUGCUUCUGAAGAAUCCAGGGAGUUUCCAUCUGACCUUGUAUACUCCUUUGCUACGGAGUCAAUAAAACGUCUGCUACAGCAGAUUGUCUUCUGGCUUCCUCCACCAUCACAAGGAUCCGAUUUCUGCCAAACUAUCAUCUCUGAUGGUUCUCUGCAGGAAACAAGUUGGCUUAUGCCGAGCUCUUCUGCCAUCUCCAUUAGUUCCUCACAGGUUUACUUUGACACAAAGAGCCUUUUCACCAAUAUAAUGGUCAAUCAGGUCAUGGAUACCUGUUCUGUGGCCUCCAAUUCAUCAGAAGAAUUAUCAGAGUUGAUGAACAUAAUCAAUGGGUUGUCCCCAACUGAUGCUGGAACACUUGACUCUGACAGACCGGCUCUCAUGACCACUAGCCGUCAGUCUAGUUCCAAAUCAUUGCCUAGACCCCCUCUGUCUGGCAGCAGCACACACAACGGUGGAACUGUGGAUAUUCAAGUUUUAGGAGAGGUGGAAUCCAAGAUGGACAACAAAGAUCUGGAGAUGUCUAGUGUCUCUGUGCAUCCAUCAACUCCAUCAGCCAUGGACUCUGAGACACAUGCAUCAUUUGACUCCACUAGCAAUGACUACACCUCUUUGGUACUUUUACUGAUUGUUAGAUUGCUGUCAAUGAUCACCCCUAUCACAUUACUGGAAUCCUCUGACAUUGGUGAAACAUCAAGAGUUCUCACAAAGAGGAUUCUGUCUGAGUUCUGUGGCACCUCAGGCCUUGAACCAACUCAAGCCUACCCCCAGAAUCUGAAAAUCAAAAAGAUUUUCAAGGCUGUCUACAAGGGGCUUCUUCAAGAAUUUGGGUCAGAGAAGAUGCUCCAGGUUGCAAUGAAGUCAACGGAUUAUGCAUUUGACGAUGCCCUGGUCAAAUCAUUAACUAGGGAACUACUAGCUAAAUGCAAUGAGGCUAGCUCUUCACCUCCCUCCAUGACACAGUUGUCAUCACACAAUGUACUUGGCAGUGACGAGGUAGGUAAUUCUGGGCUUCCAACAACUUGUAGAAAGGAAAAGAAGAGAGGAAGAUUCAGCGCUCUCUGUGGACUCAACCCAAAGUGUACAAAGAAGGUCAACAAGAAGAACCACUGCACUCCAACACCUUCCCAGAACCAGACCCCUGCCGUCAGUGAAAAAGGUAUCUUCACGCACGACUGGAUAGGCCUUUUGGAUACGCUUGUCCAAGGCCCAAGACAUAAAGUCUCCUGAAAGCUGUGUAGCAAUCAUUCCAUUGCUGACCCAUAGGAUGGUAAUCACAUACAUGAUUGGCUUCAUCUAGAAUCAUGGAUACCUUUCAUCAAAAUGUUGACUUGAUCGUUUCAUCAAGACCUUCUCAUCACAAGUUGGAACUAGUGGUCAACAUUGGGACAAUGCAGCCAUAAAUAACAUGGACCAAUAUUUUCAUGGAGUGAGCUUGACCUGCCAGCAGAGCUCACUGGAGCAGGGAGACAUGCCGUCAUCCUUUUGGCGCCUGACAAAG